AUGGGCAUGCGCAACUGCCUCCACGGCAACAAUAUGCCAGGACAACCAAAUAUCCCCGCUGAAGGCGGGGAGCAGCCCGAGCAAGAACCUUUGGAGGCCCCAGGGGCAGCUGCCCCCGGUGCUGGGCCUGGCCCAGCCGAAGAAAUGGAGACCGAACCGACUGACAAUGAGCCCAUCCCCGACGAGACUGGCGUUGAGGUCUGUGGACCCCCUGAAGUCUCCAGGUCUGAUGUCCAGGGCCUCAGCCAGGCCUUCGAGGAAGUCCGAGUGGGUGGAGACUACAGCCCACCUCCGGAGGAAGCCAUGCCAUUUGAGACCACACAGCCCAACCUCGGAGGUUUCUGGCCCGUCCUGGAGCAGCCUGGAACAUCUGGGACCCAAGCAGGCCUCAAAACCUUCAACCCAGCGCUUUUGGAGCCCGGGACCCCCAGUAGUGCGAGCCCAGGCCUGGGAACCUACAGCCCCCCACCAGAAGAAUCUAUGCCAUUUGAGUUCAACGAACCUGCCCGGGAAGAUGGUAGCCAGUCGCCCUUGCAAGUCCCGAUCCGUGCUCAAGGAGGUCCGGAAGCAGAGAUCCUCAGAGCGCUUCCCGCGGAGCCCGGGAACUUCAGAUUUGCAAAUGCUGGCUUCCGAGAUGACUACGGCCCUCCACCUGAAGAGUCCGUGCCAUUUGGGCUCGAUGGAGAAGAAUUUGGGGGCGAUAGCCCACCCCCAGGGCUCCCCCGAGUCAUGCGACAAAUCGGCAUUGGAGGCGAGUUCCCGUCAGUCGCGGUCCCGAGUGCGCUCAGCCUCGCUCCCGGCGAGAACGCGCCUCCCCUCUGGGUCCACAGCGCCAUUGACAGACCAUUCAGCGAGGCUAUCAGAUCUCCUCCCAACUUCGCAUGCGACACCCCCCCGAUGGAGAUCUCCAGACCCCUGCUUGAGAUUGGCAGAGCCUCCGCUGGGGUCGACGACGACACCACUGUCAAUAUGGACGGCCCCCCAAUCGCAAGUGAUGGCCCGCCCAUCGAAGUCUCCGGAGCCCCAGAUAAGAGCGAGCGCGCAGAGAGACCCCCAGUUGAGCGAGAAGCAGCCGAGAUGGAAGGAAGCCCUACCACCGCAGCUGCGGUGGAAGGAAAAGUCCCUUCUCCGGAGAGAAGAGACGGAUCCUUCAUCCAGCCCGAAGCCAUGGAUCCCAGCCCAGUACCUGAUGCCCAAGCCGCCGUCACCGAACCUGACGCAGCCACCAGCGGAUCUCCUCCAGCCACAGCAACACCCGCGGAUCUCCAAGCCGAUCCCGAAGAACUCGGAGAAGCCCCUGCUGUCCGCGCAGAUCCUGACGGAGGGGCAGCCCCGGUCGCCCCAACCACCCCCGUGGAGCCAGCCGUGGAGCCAGCCGUGGAGCCAGCAGGCGAGCCAGUCUCCGAGGCAGUCCCUGCCGCCAAGGCCGAGUCUGCCUCCGGGGCAGCCCCCAACAUCCAGGUGGAGCCCGCAGUCGCGGCAGUCUCUGCCACCUCGGCGGAGCCUGCCGCCCGGGCAGCCCCUGUUACCCCUCCGGAGCCCGCUCCCCGGCCAAUCCCCACUGCCAGAGCUCACCCAGCUGCGGGGGCAGUCCCUGGCGCCCCAGCGAUGUCAGCCUCCGCUAGGGCAGCUGCCGCUAGGGCAGCCUAUGCAGGUCCUUUGGUCUGGGGAGCCAGGUCACUCUCGGCGACUCCCGCGGCCCGGGCAUGUCUCCCUGCCCGCGCAGCUGCCGCCGCCCGGGCAGCCUCCGCUGCCCGGGCAGUUGCUGCCGGCCACUCGAUCGCUGAAGCCCGGGCCAUGUCUAUCCGGGGAUUCCCUCCUGCCCCAAGCAGAGCCCAUCUUAGACCCCCCAGCCCCGAGAUCCAGGUGGCUGACCCGCCUACUCCGCGGCCUGGGCCGAGGCCGGCUGCCUGGCCAGACAAGUAUGAGCGUGGCCGAAGCGGCUGCAGGUACGAGGAGGCGUCGUCCGUCAUCUGCGAGAUCGACUCCUCUAGUGAUGAGUCGGAAGAAGGGGCCAACGGCUGCUUCCAGUGGCUUCUGCGGCGAAACCGCCGCCCCGGCCAGCUCCGGCGCCACUCGGUCGGGUGCAACCCAAUCCGCAACUUCUUCACCAGAGCCUUUGGAAGCUGCUUCGGUCUAUCCGAGAGAUCCCGUUCCCUCAGCCCCGGGAAGGUCAAGGAUCCUUUCGAGGAGAGGCGCAAACAGAUGCGCAAAGAAGCCAUUGAGAUGCGAGAGCGGAUGCGCGCAGACAAGAAACGCAGCAAGGCCAUCGACAAGCAACUGGAGGAGGAGAAGAUGGACUACAUGUGUACGCACCGCCUGCUGCUUCUAGGGAGAAAAGUGGUGCCGAGCCACACUGAGGGUCGUUACCGGCCGGAGGCCAGCGCCAGCGCCAGCGGUCGUAGGCUGGACAGGCGGGGGCGUGAGGUGAGCCAGGAACUGCUGGGGAGGGCCCUUCGGGGCUCCCCCGGCUCUAUUGUUCGUGACCGCGGUGGGCUAGGGCCAUCGGGGUGCGCGCCCCCGCCUCGCCUGGCACGGCUGCUUCGACUCAGACAGCUUGUUGUUAGUGUGUGUUGGUGUCCAUUUUCUGUGUUCGCCUGUGCAUGA